AUGCCAAAGCCUGUUGCCCCCGUUCUUCGUCCACUAGAGAGCCAUUCUCACUCUGCAUUCAUCGAAUCCGAAGUCACCAAGAGCUCCAUCAUGUCCACCAACAAAAUACGUACCUACGUUCUCACGGGAUCAGUGGCUGCGAUUACCGCAACGGGAGCUUGGUACGGAGCCGGCUUGAAGACCAGGCAAGAAUUCAAGCAGGUACUCCUCCUCAUGUCCACCUCCUCAUGUCCACCUCCUGGCAGACUUUGAACUCACACUUACGAUAGGAGCAACAAACAAUUCGGGAAUAUCCAAUAACAGAGAAGAUCGAGUCGCUGGAGGCAACGAAGCGGAAACUUCUGCAACAGAGAGCAGAGCUGCAGGGCAAAAUCGACAAACUCACGAGCAAGACGACCAAUGUUGAUGAACAAGCGACCGCUAAAACCUCUCUGCCACGGGGACGAUGA